AUGACAGCAUACGUGGCCAUGUUGUGCGAAUUUGAAAAUACGCCCCUCAAAUACAACAUCGCUGCGAGCGCGCUCUCGUGGCUGCUCCUUGCCGGCUACCUUGUCUUCCCGUCCACAUUCGCCUCGCUCCGUAAGUCUUCAGUACUUGAAAAGGCGGGCGCCAUCGGUCAUUCGGUGGACAGUCUGGCGCGCGAUGUGCCACUCACCGUCUUUGCUUCGCUCUUUUGCCUGUCCUCAACGAUUGGGCUGCUAUGGCUCUGGUGGAAGCUUCAGACAAAUUACAUUUGGGUCCAGCGACGCAUCCUUCUACCCAUCCUGAUGAACUCAGCUAUGGGCCUUUUGUCGACUCUGUUGAACGUCUACACGACGCACGGCGGACACUGUACCGUCUCAUUGCAGCAGCUGCCGCAGGUGCCUACCCACACUGAUCAGUGA